GUCCAUCAGCGUGAUAACAGGUUCCUAAGUUCGACGUAUUCAAACACUGUCAAUGCGAUUCACAUACUAUAUCAAUGCGUAUAAUGUGUUUGUUCUUUGAAAGUGGGCUUCUCAUGAAACACACGACCGUAUGGUUUCUUUAGGUGUGAUAUCCUGCAACCGUGAAGCCAUAGGUCUUAAGAGAAUAUCGUCCUAUGUAUAACUUUGCACAUGAAGUACUAACUGCAUAGUUAAAACAAGGGUACUCGUAUCAGGGAUUUUAAAGACUCUAAACAUAUACAAAGAGCUGAUAUUUGGAUAUGGCAGAGAAGGAUAGUAAUGCAUCCCAGGUCACCCAACCUGUAACUUUACCCGUGCAAAGUGAAGGCAAAGGAGGUACUACCCAGCAUGCCCCUCAACCUGAAGUAAAUACACAGAAUCAGGCGCCACCUGCCAAUGGAAAUGAUAAACUUUUCACAAUCGGAAGCACAGAGAAAAAACGGCCUGAUUAUGAGACUCAGAAAUCCUAUGGAUCUGUGACAUUUGCAGAUACACACGAUGAAGUUGAAUUUGAUGAUGGAGGCGGGGGUUGUUGUAGUAGAUGCUUUAAGAGAAUAUUUCCCUAUGGUUUCAAGAGUGAACUGAAAGAGCUUUGGAUACUAGCAUGGCCCAUGGUGUUAGUUUGUUUAGCGAAUAUGAUGAUUCCAUUCACGGCAGUAUUGUUCUGUGGUCACCUUGGAACCGAGGAGUUGGACGCAGUGUCCCUCGCAAAUUCAUUGAUUAACGUAACUGGCCUCUCAGUGGGUAUGGGCCUCGCAACUGCAUGCGAUACACUUUUCUCACAAACAUAUGGUAGCGCCAACAAAAAGCGGGUUGGAAUAUACCUACAGAAAGCUAUAUUGAUAUUAAUAUUAUUCUGCUUCCCGUGUUGGGCCAUACAUCUCAACACCGAGAGCAUUCUUCUAAUCUUCGGUCAAAAUGUCGAUGUUGCGAGAUUGGCUGGAAAUUACAUCUUGUAUUUUAUGCCUGGUCUAUUUUUUAAUUUUAUGUUCCAAGCAUUGACUAAAUUCAUUAAUAAUCAGAAUAUAGUUAUACCAAGUGUGUUAAUUGGUCUACUGGCCAACGGGGUGAAUGUACUGGCCCACUAUAUAUUCAUCAAUGUAAUCGGAUGGGGUACGACAGGCUCAGCUGUGGCUCAGGUUUUGGCCUACUUCAUCAUGGCAAUGGGAACCUUGUGUUAUAUACUCUUCAGCAAGAUGUAUACAGAGACAUGGGAUGGUUGGACAAAAGAGUGUUUGGAUGAUUGGGGAUUCUUCAUGAAGCUAGCCUUACCAGGAAUGCUAAUGGUGUGUCUAGAGUGGUGGUGUUUUGAAAUAGGAACCGUUCUAACAGGUGUUCUAAGCAAGACUGAACUAGGAGCCCAGUCGAUCAUGUUCCAGCUUGAGACAAUUUCAUAUGUGUUUCCAAUAGGUAUAUCAGUUGCAGUAAGCAUUAGGGUUGGGCAAUACCUAGGAGGUAACAACCCUUCGGGCGCCAAAACAUCAAACAAUGUUGCUAUAAGUAUCAUAUGGAUCAGUGCAAUUAUAGUUGGAGCCCUAUAUGCAGGUCUCAGAUGGUAUCUACCCAGGGCUUUCUCUGGAGAUCCCGAUGUGAUAAAAAGAACGGCGGCUAUUCUACCAAUCCUAUCUAUCUUCCAAUUGUUCGACGGCAUUGCUGGCGUAUGUGGCGGUGUCUUGAGAGGCUGUGGAAGACAGGUGGUAGGUGCAGUGGUGAUAUUCAUAGGAUACUACAUUCUGGCGCUACCUGUAGGAAUACCACUCAUGUUCCUUACACCAUUGGGGAUUGAAGGUCUCUGGUAUGCAUUUAGCGGCGGUGUUGGAAUAACAGCUAUUAGCUUCUUUGUGUUAACAAUCACUACUAACUGGGAGAUGGAAUGCGAUAACGCUCAACUACGAGCUGGAAUAACAGAUGAGGAUGGAAUGAUACAAGACGAAGACGAUGAAGACCUUGAUGAAAAAACUAGCUUGAUACCACCUCCAAAAGCUACACCAAGGACAAAGGUUGGAGGAAAUAGGAGAUACUCCUCCCCUGUGAUUGUAGGAUCAUCCAUACCAAGGCGCUAUUCCUCUUCAAAGAUUGUAACCACACUUCACGGGAGAAGAUUCUCUACUCCAGGUAAACCUAAGUCAAUGCCUUUGUACCCAAGGCGGUAUUCCUCACCCUACCUGGCUCAGUAUCAAGAUGCAAUAGAAGACAGAGAUCAGAUGUCUCCAACCACGACCAACAUUAUAAGGUCUCUAGUCUGUCUUCUACUAUGCAUAGCAAUCCUUGUAGGUGGACUGAUGGUCAGACUUUACGUUCAUGUUCCAAUUACGCAGUUACCAAUGUGUAUACCAACAAAUUCAACAUCAAAUGUGACAUUACCACCGUGUACCAAUGUAUCUUCGGUAGCACUUGCAGAGCAUAAUCUACAACUCUUUCAAGCAUCUAGCUGGAGGGUGCGGUAGAAACCAGAGCCAGUUUAUAUACGUUUGUUGACAGAAUGUGUAUACAUGCUCAGUGGUAGGAGGAGUAUAGCUUGGAUCCAACAGGCGAUGAUACUAUGUACUGCUAUUUGGCAUAAUGAACGCCAAUGGGGGAAUAAAUAAAAUGUAUACAUGCAUGAUAUCAUGGAUCAAAGGCGAUAAAAACCAAGUCAAUUAGAGAGACUUAUUUUGCAAUGAAAAUUCAAAUUAUAAUGGACUCCGAUGAAAGAAGAAACAAAUAUGUACUUAUUAGAUAUCUGCAGCGUAGCCAGGAUCCAGGACGAGAUAAUAAUCAAGCAAAAAGGGGACAACUACCACCUUGAUUACAAAUUAACAUAAGAUUGUAAACAAAAUCGACGUACUCUGUAUCAAGCCAACUAAAUGCACUUAUAUUAUAUUCUUAGGCACAAAAGACAGAAUGAGAUUAUUUUGCAAUACCUCAGAUGCAUUUAACAUUUCCUUAAAAGGGAGCGUCGACGAUGCAAACAUUUUAGCAAAUGAAAAAAUGAUCACUGUCACUGACUUUAUUGUCCAUAAUACCUAAAACUAGUCUUUAUUUCGCAUGUAAAUUGAAUAAACGAACAGUUUCAUGAACAUAUUAUUUUGAAUAUAUACGCUAUAUAAGUCAAAUGUAUUUUUCAAAUACUGGUGGUCAUAUAUCCAUGAAAUAUUUUGGUAAGAAGUAAUUAUUUGUCUCCCCUAGAUCUUCCCCAGGGGUUAUCCAUUCUGCAGAUACUUUUGCGCUAAAACGUGUUUUUUUCUCAGCUAAUACUGAUCAACCGAUGUCAACAUUCUUAAACGUCAAUACAGGCUAUACUGAGUAUACCUUAAUCACUUUCAUCACCCUUUUUGGCUAAAAAGAAUGUUUUAAUUGAAAAGAAAAAAACACAAAGAAUCUCCCUGCGUUACUUUAACCUUUUUUUUUUUACCUCAU